AUGACAGCUUCACCUAAACGCUUAUUUGCAAUUAGCUUAGAAGAAAUUGGUGAUAGACCUAAAUUUUCAUGGCAAACUGGUCAUGGUACACAUAUAGCUGCUGCUGGGUCAUUAAAUAUUAUUACUAUUCGUAAUCGACAAGGCGAUGAAAUUGCUUCGAUUCCUUUAAAAGGACCAUGUCUGCAAAUGAGUUGGGAUAAAGAUGGAGAUACAUUAGCAGUGAUUACAGAAAAAUCAAAUCUAGUUUAUUUAUGGAGUGCAAAUAGUCAAAAAACAAAUGUUAUUGAUACACCAGCAAAAGACUAUACUACUGUAAUAUCAUGGUCAAAAUCAUCACCUAUUCUUGCUAUUGGCACAUCUCGUGGUAAUAUUAUUCUUUAUGAUCAACCGACAGCAAAAAAAUUGCCUUUAAUCGGUCAACAUUCAGGUCGUAUAACAACAAUGGCAUGGAGUAAAGAUAAUUUAUUAGCGAUAGGUGCUAAUGAUAAUCGAAUAUCAGUUAUGUCAUCAAGUGGAACUGUUCUUCAACGAUGUGAUACAACUGAUACACCAAAACAUUUAAAAUUUUCAGAAAUGAAACGAGAAAAACGAGGAACUUAUGAAGAAAGCACAGUAAGUGCAGUUAUUGGAAAAAAACAUUUAGGUUUAUGGACUGUUGGAGAUUCAAAUAAUAAUGCAGCAUCAGCUGCAGGUAGUCAAUUAUUUACACUUAAUUUUCAAGAUAAAUAUGGAGAUAUUAGUGAUUAUCAAUGGUUUGGUGAUGGAUAUAUUAUGAUUGGAUUUAGUGGAGGUUAUUUUAUUGUUAUUUCAACAUAUCAUAAAGAAAUUGGUGAAGAAUUACAUAAAACUCGUGAUCAUAAAGGUUAUUUAUCAAGUAUAGCAAUAUCAACAGCAUUAAAUAGAGCAGCAACUUGUGGAAAUGGUGGAAUUAAAAUUCAUGAAUUAUCAGAUCAAUAUGUUAUAGAUUCGAUAAUUACAAUUGACGAAGGAAAUGAUAAUUUAUCUGAUAUUGCUUGGAGUGUUGAUGGUCAAUUAUUAGCAGUAUCGAAAAGUACAGGUGCUAUUUAUGUUUAUUUAACAAAAUUAUCAAUGUUAGCAAGUGUUUGGCAACAAAAAAUAGCUUUUAUGACAUCAUUAUGUGAAGUAUCGAUUUAUGAUCAUCAAACAAAAACAAAAAUUGAUAAUGUUCAUUUAACAACAGAAAUUGAACCGAGUGUAUUAGCAAUGAGUGAUCUUUAUAUUGCUGUUGGAUUUAAUAAUCAUGCUUUAUAUUAUCGUAUUCAAAGUUUUGAAGAAGUCAUCAAAGUUUCUGAACAUGAUUAUUUAAGUACCAUAUCAGAAUUACAAAUAAAUUCACAUUAUGCAGCUGCUUUUAUGAGUGGACGUAUUCAAUUACAUAUGAUUGAAGAAUCUGAACAUCGUAGUGAAGAACGUCAUUCAAUUAUGUUUCCAUUACCUGAUACAAAUGAUGGAAAAAUUGUUUGUUAUUGUCUUACAAAAGAUUUUCUUAUUUAUGGAACCGAUAAAGGUACAUUAAUUUUUUUUCAUAUUGAAGAAUGGCAAAUAGUUAAUAAAUUUGAUAAACAUAAAACAAGUAUACAAAAAUUAUUUACAGAACAUUUUGGUACAUCAGUAGCAUUUAUUGAUCAAAAAGGUGAUGGAUAUUUAUAUAAUGUCUUUUUUGAAAAUCCAAGUAUGAUUCAAAUACCAAAUCUUCCAUCAGGAACAAAAUCUAUUCUAUGGGAAACUAGUGUGGAAAAUGAGUGGAUAUUUACUAGUUUCGAUUCUGAUUCCAUAACAACAUAUUCUGUCUAUCGUGAUUCUUUAAAAGGUCCUCAAAUAAUGUUUGUUGGUACAACACGUUUACCAAUAUUUGGUUCAGUACCAUUACUUCUUAAUGCUGGUCUUCUUCUUUUACUUGAUUCAAGUGGAAAAAUUGUUCAAACUAAAUUAGAAACAUAUGGAUUUUUAAAUGAUUCAGGUGAACAAGAAUAUACACUUGAUGAUGCUAUAGAUCGAUUAUCGAAAGCUAUUCUUAUGAAACGAUAUGACGAUGCAAUGUUUUGGGCUAAACAACUUAAUGAUAGUCAAGAAUGGAAUAAAUUUGCAACUGCUUUACUUUAUUCAUUAAAUAUUGAUUAUGCAAUAAAAGUUUUUCGAGAAAUUGGACAUCCGGGUAUGGUCAUGGCACUUGAAGAAAUAAAACAUGUAGAAGAUAAAAGUCUUGUUUCUGCACAUUUUGCUGCUCUUUUUGGUGAUUAUGAUCUUGCACAAGAACUUUUUCUUAAAUGUGGUUGUCCAUUGGAAGCAUUAAAUAUGCGACGAGAUUGUAUGCAAUUUGAAGCAGCAAUGACACUUGCAAAAGCUUAUGAUUCUGAACAAAUACCUUAUAUAUCAGCAGCACAUGCUGAACAACUUGAAUUUACAGGAGAUUCAAGUGCAGCAGUUAAAUUUUAUGAACAAGGUAUAACUAAAAAAGAAAAGGAUUUACAUCAUGAUCAAAGAUGUUUUACUGGUCUUGCUCGAUGUUAUAUUAAAGUUGGAGACAUUAAAAAAGGUUCUACAAUUGCAUUACGUUUACCUGGAAAAGAAAUAAAAGAAGAAUGUGCAAAAUUACUUGAAGGAUUGAAACAAUGGCCUGAAGCUGCAGAAUUAUUUGAAAAAGCUGAAUGUUGGGACAAUGCUGCUAUAGCUUAUAUUAAAAUGAAAAAUUGGGUUAAAGUUAGUGAAAUUCUUCCAAAUGUUAAUACACCAAAGAUUCAUUCAAUGUAUGCUAAAGCACGAGAACAUGAAGGAAGAUUUAAAGAAGCAUGUGCUGCUUAUAUGAGAGCAGGUGAAUGGGAAAAUGCUAUCAGAAUUCAACUUAAUCAAUUAAAAUCUCCUGAACAAGCUGUUAAAAUUGUUCGUGAAACUCAAAGUAUUGAAGGUGCUAAAAUGGUUGCAAGAUUUUUUGAAUCAAUUAAUGAUUAUAGUUCUGCAUUACAAUUUCUUGUUUUAUCAAAAUGUUAUAAUGAAGCAUUUGCUAUGGCACAACAAAAUGGACUUAUGGAACUCUAUGCUCAAGUUAUUGAAAAAGUUCUUAAAGAUGGUCGUGAUAUUCCAUUAGAUGAUCUUGAAGGUGCAGCAAUAUUUUUUCAAAAUCAAAAUAAUCAUUUACUUGCUGGAAAAUUUUUUAUGUUUGCACAAAAUUAUGAUCGAGCAUUAACACAUUUAAUGCGUUGUACUGGUUCAAAUGAAAGUAAAGGUAUUGAUUUAGCUAUAACAUGUGUUGGAAAAGCACGUAGUCAACAAUUAACACAAAAAUUACUAGAAUUUUUACUUGGAGAAAAAGAUCAAAUACCAAAAGAAGCAAAAUAUCUUUUCCGAUUUUAUUUAAGUUUGGGUCAAUAUAUAGAAGCAUCAAAAACAGCUAUUAUAAUUGCUCAACAAGAUCAAGAAUCAGGAAAUUAUCGAAGUGCUCGUGAUGUUCUUUUUACAAUGCAUCAAGAACUUAAAGCACAACAUACAGCUAUACCAUUUGAAAUGGCUAAUAGUUUAAUGUUAUUACAUAGUUAUAUUCUUGUUAAAAUUCAAAUUAAACUUAAUAAUCAUAAUCAUGCAGCCCGACUUCUUAAUCGUGUUUCACAUAAUGUUAGCAAAUUUCCAGCUCAUAUUGUUCAGAUUUUAACAACAACAGUUAUUGAAUGUCAAAAAGCAGGGAUGAAUAAUUCAGCAUUUAAUUUUUCACUAAUACUUAUGAAACCUGAAUAUCGUGACCAAAUUGAUGCGAAAUAUAAGAAAAAAAUUGAAGCACUUGUUCGAAAACCAGAUAAAAGUGAAAGUGAAGAAGAUUUUUCUCAAUGUCCACAUUGUCAUCAACGUGUACCUACAUAUGAAUUAUUAUGUCCAAGUUGUCAACUUGCAUUACCUUAUUGUAUUGUUACUGGAGCUCAUAUUCUUCGAGAAGAUUUAUGUUUAUGUCCAUCAUGUAAUUUUCCAGCAAUUCAUUCAGAAUUUUUAAGAUAUCUGAGUAUAGAUGAUGUAUGUCCAAUGUGUACAACAAAAAUUGAUGGAUCACGUAUUACGAAACUUGAUAGUGGAGCAGCCGUAGAUAGUUUUCUUGCACAAUCAUCGGAUAUGUCUUGA